UCAUAAGCGAUACCUACGAUCCAAGGUCCGCGCCCCACUCUAAAGUGUCAUUGAAAGAUAUUAAUUUUUAAUAAAAAAAAAAAAAUUAUUUUAAUUCAUGUUCUGUAAGGGUGGUUAUCAAUAAAAACUAACAAAAAUUAGUGCGAUUAAAAACUUAUUCGUAUUUCUAUUCUUUACAAUAUUUACUUCUUUAUUACUACAGUCCUGUAGAAUAACCACCACUAUCGCCGUUGCCGGUCUUCGGUGGACCUAUAAAAAAGCAAGUGGUAGUGUCAUCCAGAGGGAAAAGACACAUAUGACUCGGCGUCGUAUAAUCCUCUUCGUCUCAUUGUAAUAACAUAUAUAAUUAGAAGUUUUCUUUAUUAAAAGUGCGCGACAUUUACUGUCGCACGAUUUUUCAUAAAAUUUUUGAGGAUGAAGUCCUCGAUUGUGAUUUUUCUUCUUGUCACGACGCUUGCCGUCAUACACGGAGAGAAUGUUCGAGUAAAACGUCAAGAAGAAUCGAAAAAAGAUGAAAGCUUUGAAAGCGAAAUAUGCAAGGAUAAAGACGCUGGCGAGUGGUUUAGGCUCGUUGCUGGCGAAGGUGAUAACUGUCGAGAUGUAAUCCAGUGUACAAGUUCAGGUUUGCAAGCGAUACGUUGUCCAGCUGGUCUUUAUUUUGACAUUGACAAGCAAACUUGCGAUUGGAAGGACGCUGUUAACAAUUGUAAACUUAAAAAUAAGGAACGAAAAGCUAAACCACUGCUUGUAACUGAGGAACCACUUUGUCAAGAUGGAUUUUUAGCGUGCGCUGAUACAUCCUGUAUUGAACGUGGACUGUUUUGUAAUGGAGAAAAAGAUUGCACUGACGGGUCUGAUGAAAACAGUUGUGACAUGGACAAUGACCCGAACAGAGCACCACCUUGUGACCCAGCAGUUUGUGUUUUACCAGAUUGCUUUUGCUCUGAAGACGGUACUACUAUCCCUGGUGAUCUUCCAUCAAAAGAUGUACCUCAAAUGAUAACGAUAACUUUUGAUGACGCAAUAAAUAACAACAAUAUUGGACUGUACAAAGAAAUUUUUAAUGGAAAACGUAAAAAUCCAAACGGUUGUGAUAUAAAGGCAACAUUCUUUGUGUCACAUAAAUACACAAACUAUUCAGCAGUUCAGGAAAUGCACAGAAAAGGCCAUGAAAUUGCUGUACAUUCUAUUUCGCACAAUGAUGAUGAACGAUUCUGGUCUGAUGCAACUGUCGAUGAAUGGGCCAAAGAAAUGGCUGGGAUGAGAAUAAUUGCAGAAAAGUAUGCUAAUUUAACAGACAAUAGUGUUGUCGGUGUACGCGCACCUUACUUACGUGUCGGUGGAAAUAAUCAAUUUACGAUGAUGGAAGAACAAGCUUUUCUAUACGACUCAACAAUUACCGCAGCUCUAAACAACCCACCACUUUGGCCGUACACUAUGUACUUCAGGAUGCCUCAUAGAUGUCACGGAAACCUUCAACAUUGUCCAACCAGGUCACAUGCCGUAUGGGAAAUGGUUAUGAAUGAGCUUGACAGGAGAGAAGAUCCUCAAAAUGAUGAAUAUUUACCCGGAUGCGCUAUGGUUGAUUCUUGCAGUAACAUCUUAUCUGGUGACCAAUUUUACAACUUCUUGAACCACAACUUUGAUCGUCAUUAUGAUCAAAACCGUGCGCCACUUGGACUCUACUUCCAUGCUGCUUGGUUGAAAAAUAACCCAGAGUAUUUAGAUGCUUUCCUUUAUUGGAUUGACGAAAUUCUAGCUAACCAUAAUGAUGUUUACUUUGUUACCAUGACGCAAGUUAUCCAAUGGAUCCAAAAUCCACGUACUGUUACUGAAUCAAAGAACUUUGAGCCAUGGAAGGAAAAGUGUGUUGUUGAUGGACCACCAGCAUGUUGGGUCCCUCAUACUUGUAAGCUUACAUCUAAGGAAGUACCCGGUGAAACAAUAAAUCUUCAAUCGUGCGUUAGGUGUCCUAAUAAUUAUCCGUGGUUGAAUGACCCAACUGGCGACGGUUUCUUUUAAAUUCCAUUUUAUAAAUAUUUAAUUUACUCGUCAUGACUUAAACCGCACGUGAUUUAAAUAAUAAAUGUAAUAAUGUUAAGAUCCGUGCUGUGAAUAUAGGUUUUUUUAAAUACAAAAAAAACAGUUUAAUGUGAUCUACGUGAUCGAGUGCCUGAAAUUUUAUUAGGAUGCAUUUAUCAUCUCUUUUUUAUUUGGAUUGAAGAUAAAAAAUCAUUAUUUUUCGAGACUUGAAGUGAUAACUAUAACUAUGA